AACAUGGCUGACUCUUCGAUGUUGUUAGCACUCGUUCUACAGCUCUUGUUCGUCUGCCUCAUCGCACUUUUCCUUGGAUUCACGCUGUAUAUUUAUUACAUGCACUACAAACUUAGUCAUAUUCCUGGUCCACCUCGAGGCAACUUUUUCUUUGGAAAUUUACUGGAGAUUCGUCGUAGGAGACUUGUCGAGGGAAAGAAUAUACAUCAAACUCUAGCCGAUUGGUCGACCGAAUAUCGCCCUGUAUUCGUCAUAUGGUUCUUUCACGUCCCUUUGACGGUUGUCAGCGAUGCCGAUGUUGUUCGUGAUGUGCUUGUCGUGAAGAACCUCCCCAAGGAUCAUUUUGGUUAUGCGAGGUUUCAGUUUGUGUACGGGCAACGCUUUCUUGGAUAUGGCCUUUUCACCGACCUGAACCGUCUGACUUGGGAGGCUAAGCGACGCACGUUCACGCCGUUGUUCCAUCAAAAGAAAGUUUAUGAGGCGUUCCCAACAUUAAACGCUUGCUGCGAGAAUUUUCUCGAAAGACUGGAAACGUAUGCUGAUGGUAAAACCGAGAUUUCCUUAGCUGAUGAAUUCCUGUUGGUUACCCUAGAGACAAUCCUGAAGUGGUCAUGUGAUUUGGAAAUGAAGAACGAUGAAGAUCGGCUUGCGUUUGAGGUGAACUUCAAAAAUGCGUUGAGAGGUAUUUCGUUAAGUUUCCAAAGUCCAGCAACCAAGUACAACCUGUGGUCAAGUCUGAAACUAAAGUGCACGGAGGGGGCACGUCUCACAAGAGAAACUGCAAAAUCUGUCGUAGAAAUGCGACAGAGGGAUAUAGACGCUGGUAACCAGACCCCGGAAGAUGCACUGUCGUACGUGUUCAAAUUAAAAGAAACCUUGCCUAAUUGGAAUAUUGAAGAUCUUGUGGAUAUGCUGGUAACCGUUGUAUUCGGAGGAAUGGACACUACAGGGAACAAUCUUUGUUUCACUGCCCUGUCUAUUGGCUUAAACCCGGACGUCGAAAAAAGGCUUAGGAAGGAAAUAGACAGUACAUUUGGUGAAGGCGAAGAGAUCAGAGCACAGGAUAUCAUGUCAAUGUCGUAUCUCACUCAGGUGGUGAAAGAAUCACUCCGUCUUCAUCCUCCAACACCUGCAUUGACUAGAAGAACCGAAAAAGAUACCGUGAUUGGUGGCAUUAUGAUACCCGGAGAUACGCCAAUCAUGGUGAAUCCAUAUGUUAUCCAGACACACCCCGAUUAUUGGGAAGAUCCGAGCGAGUUCAAACCCGAGAGAUUCUCUUCGGAUGCGAAGCUCUAUCCGCACGCGUACUUCCCGUUUUCACUUGGCCCACGGCGCUGCAUCGCAUCGCAACUUGCAGACUUACAAGUAAAGUUGGUUAUUGCUCGUUUGUUGAAGAGAUUUAAAUUCGAAUUGUUGCCAGGUCAAACCUUGGAAAUAGCUGAGAACAUUUCGUUCGGUCCAAUCGGAACCGUUCGAUGUAAGCUCAGUCUAGUCUAGGCAGCGGAACGUCGAAUGCAUGCAGCACAAAUUGCAAUUUGAAGUGAUUGUAGCCUUGUAGGUUGAUAACUUGACGCUAUCACAUUACAAAGCAGUUGCCUAUAGUUUUGUACUAAUUAUAUCUAAAUUGAAAUG